AUGGGAAGAAGAAAAGUGGAGAUCAAGCGAAUCGAGAACAAAAGCAGUCUACAAGUCACUUUCUCUAAACGACGCAAUGGUCUCAUCGAGAAAGCUCGACAGCUUUCGGUUCUCUGUGAUUCCUCCGUUGCUGUUCUCGUUGUCUCCGCAUCCGGAAAACUCUAUGACUCUUCCUCCGGCGACAGCAUGACCAAGAUCAUCGAUCGUCACAAGAAAAUAGCUCCCGUACCAAUCCACCGGAGACUCUCUCGCUGCUCAAGUAACCAUCAUCAUCAACGGCUAAGUUGA